CUAGUUUUCCGUAUUUAUAUAAAUGAUAUAGUUCAGUGCUCAUUCUGUGAAACUCUCUAUACUCAGAGUAGGGUAGAUUUGAGUGUGCCAGAGCAACAGUUGUCUGAUAAGCCGAGUUUUAUGAAUAGCCCCGAGUGCGGGAAGCUGGUUUGUAUGCCGCUCAGUUGUCUUUUGGAUGCGGAGCAGAGCACAGAUCGCCGAAUGGAUGCGUAUUUAUUUGUCGGGCUGCUUUUGGCGCUCGUCUGGACGAGCAGGGCUCAAUCACUGCGCAAAUUUCCAGCUAUGAAGGACUUCAAGUGCGAUGCAGCCGUUCCGGGACGUCCUCUCAAUCUAACUGCUAUGUCGGGCUAUUGGUACGAGGCAGGACGCGCACCCAACGUAAAUGUUAUGAAAUGCUUGAAUAUCUCGGUGCCAGCAACUGCGGAUAUUAAACUAAAACUGAGGUUGGAAUACAUAAGCACCAUAGCUGAUCAGAUUCGUGCGGUUAACGAGACGAUUUCAUUUCCCUGGGAUGAGUUGACGAAGAACAACAUUUUUGUGUUGAACUAUGGCAACGCGUCCACAUUGCCCAUCACAGUCAUCUACAAAGUGGUUCAUACCGACCCUCAACGGUUGACCGUGAUCUGCGGCUACUCGAGCAUGUCGCCCAUGCCGCUCGUCAAGAUCUUGACGCGUCAGCGCCAGUUAAAUCAAGAGUACAUUGAUAUUAUUCAAGCGGAAGUCGACAAGGCGGGCCUCGGUUCUUAUUUCAUUUGGACAGAACAAUCGCCGGAACGCUGCAAUGCUGCAGCGCGUCCGCCCAGAGAAGCUCAUACAAUAACAAUACCCGUGCUGUUGACUCUUCUAUGGUGUCUGCUCCAAGGGAAUUGUCGUUUAUAGUCCGGAAUAUAUGCUUAUUUUAUAUGUAUACCGACUAAGUAGCUCAGUCUAUAAAUAUUAAUCAUAUAAAUAUAUGCCGCAGAAACAAUUUUAAAUGUAAA